AUGUCUUCACGAGAAGAGAAUGUUUACAUGGCGAAAUUGGCCGAACAAGCCGAACGUUAUGAAGAAAUGGUUGAAUUCAUGGAGAAAGUAGCAAAGACUGUGGAUGUUGAAGAACUCACUGUUGAAGAGAGGAAUCUUCUCUCUGUUGCUUACAAGAAUGUGAUUGGAGCGAGAAGAGCUUCGUGGAGGAUCAUUUCUUCGAUUGAGCAGAAGGAAGAGAGCAAAGGGAACGAAGAUCAUGUCGCUAUUAUCAAGGAUUACAGGGGAAAAAUCGAAACUGAACUUAGCAAAAUCUGUGAUGGGAUUUUGAAUGUUCUUGAAGCUCAUCUGAUUCCAUCUGCUUCACCGGCUGAGUCUAAAGUCUUUUACCUUAAAAUGAAGGGAGACUAUCACAGGUAUCUUGCUGAGUUUAAGGCUGGUGCUGAGAGGAAAGAAGCUGCUGAAAGCACUUUGGUUGCUUACAAAUCUGCUCAGGACAUUGCCAUUGCUGAGUUAGCUCCCACUCACCCGAUAAGGCUUGGUCUUGCACUCAACUUCUCUGUGUUUUACUAUGAAAUCCUUAACUCGCCUGAUCGUGCAUGCAGCCUCGCUAAACAGGCUUUUGAUGAAGCUAUCGCUGAGUUGGAUACAUUGGGUGAGGAAUCAUACAAGGACAGUACUCUGAUUAUGCAGUUGCUCAGAGACAAUCUCACUCUCUGGACUUCAGACAUGACAGAUGAAGCAGGAGAUGAGAUCAAGGAGGCAUCGAAGCCCGAUGGCGCAGAGUAA